AUGGCCCAAGACUUUCCCAUGCGCCAGCUAGGCAAAUCCGGCCCCUCGGUCACAGCUACUGGCUGGGGUGCAAUGGGACUCUCUGCGUUCUACGGCCCAAAGGCCACUGACGAAGAGCGUCUCAACUUCCUGGAUAGUGUCUACCAAAGUGGUAUCACAUUCUGGGAUACAUCCGACUAUUAUGGCGAUAGCGAAGAGCUGCUGGGGAAAUGGUUCGCUCGGUCGGGGAAGCGUAAUGAGAUAUUCUUAGCCACCAAGUUCGGCGCCAUUGAAGGCGGGGCUCCCGAGCAGGUGAAUAAGUCGUGUAAAGCGAGCCUGAAAAGACUUGGAGUGGACACCAUUGACCUGUAUUACUACCAUCGUAUGGAUAGGGUCACACCGAUCGAGAAGACAGUGCAAGCCAUGGCGGACCUGAAAAGAGCUGGCAUGGUGCGAUACCUUGGAUUAUCAGAGUGCUCUGCCACCAGCAUUCGGCGCGCAUAUAAGAUCCAUCCCAUCUCUGCCGUGCAGGUGGAAUAUAGUCCCUUUAGCAUGGAGAUCGAGGACCCGAAAAUAAACGUCUUGCAAACCUGUCGUGAACUGGGAGUGGCCCUCGUCGCCUACUCGCCGCUCGGCCGUGGAUUUCUCGGCGGCAAAUUCAGAUCUCCUGAUGACUUUUCGGAAGGAGACAUCCGUCGUGUCUUUCCUCGAUUUUCGGCAGAGAACUUCGAUACAAACGUAAAGCUGGUGGAGGCAUUGGAAGAGGUCGCACAACGGAAGGGAGUUAAAAUCAGUAGUCUAACGCUGGCUUGGCUAUUGGCGCAGGGAGAGGACAUCAUUCCUAUUCCAGGGACGACCAAGCUGGAGAACCUGGCGAACAACAAACAAAGUGUGGUGAUCCAAUUGUCUGAUGACGAAAACCGGGAAAUUCGUGAAGCGAUCCAGCGUGCUGUUGUCGUUGGAUCAAGAUAUCAUCAACAUGCUAUGGCGAGCUUGUUUGCGGAUACACCUACCUUGUAG